AUGGAACAGUUGACGCAAUUCGUGUCCAAAUCCUUCCAACAAAAUCCGCGCGAAAUUCGACUUUCAAACUCAAACGCCUCCCCAACGCCUCCCACGCCCCCCUCACACCCGUCGCUGCCUCCGCCGCCGAUCUUCCGCUGCCCCGCGCGCUCGGCCCUCCACUCCGUCGUCGACCGCCUCAACGGAGUGUUUGUGCCGCAGUGGCCGCUCUUCCGGCCUUCCGUUCCGCCGCCGCCUCUCGCGGCCGACGACCGACUGUCGCCUCAAUUGCGCAGCGAUUCCGUGACGUCGGAAGCGGGGGAGACGGCCGACGACACGGCGGACGACACGGACAACAGCGCCGGUAAGCGAUUAAACGCAACUCUCGUUCGACACGUCCGGCGCUCGUUUGGCGUUCGCUCGUCACGCGCGCGCUCCGGACGUGACUCUCUCUCGGAAAUUGAACUCAUUUUUCACGCGCUUUCAGGAGAAACCAAACUCGAGCCUCAGAUGUCGAGCGGCGCACAACUCGAGCCCAAAAGCGAGUCGCGAGUCGCGGAGGACUCGGGCGGCGGCGGCAAAGGCGUGAAGCAGCGGCGCUCGCGGACCAACUUCACGCUGGAUCAGCUGAACGAGUUGGAGCGCCUCUUCGACGAGACCCACUAUCCCGACGCCUUUAUGCGCGAAGAGCUGUCGCAACGCUUGGGUCUGUCGGAGGCACGGGUUCAGGUCUGGUUUCAGAACAGAAGAGCCAAAUGCAGAAAACACGAAAGUCAGAUCCAAAAGAGUGAGCCCUUCUUCAUCCCCUCUCGCGAAACCCCCACUAAUCCAAUUACCGCCACAGACCUAAUCAUGGCCGCCACCACUCCCAUCGAGUCGUCCCGCAUCGCGCCCUACAUCUCCGUCACGUCGUCGCCCACGCCGCGCAUCGCACCGCCGCCGCCGCCGCACCCGCACGUCGACCGCCUGUCCGCGCUGUCGGCCGCGCACUACCUGCCCUGCCUGUCCGCCACGUCGGCCGAACUGCUGCAGCACUACGCGGCCGCCGUCGCCGCCUCGCAACAGCCCUUCCUGGCGAUGGGCGCACACGCCUACCCGGCCUUCAGUCUGUCGGCGCUGUUGGCCAGCGAGCGCCUGAACUCGAAGAACUCGUCGAUCGCGGACUUGAGACUCAAGGCUCAGAAGCAUUCGGCGGCUCUCGGCUUAUGA